GGAGCGCGGGAGGGAGGUGGGAGCGUGAAAAGUAUAGGAGAAGAGAGAAUGGGAUCGAGAUCGAGCGAGAUCGAGCGAGGUCGCGAGAGCGCAAGAGUAGUGCAAUGCACGAUGCGCUCGUGACAUCGAGUCACGACACAACGUCCAAGGUCCAAGCGUUGGGUGGCAAGUCGACAUGCUGUGCGGGAGAAGCAGCGGACCCUAAUUUCGCAGCCUCCAGCGAGGACGACCGCACCGCCUCCGCCGGCCAUGGUAAGAUUGCCCAAGCGCCUCGCGCGUCUUGCUUGGCGCAUGCAUGCGGCGCACCGUGGCCCCUCCGCUGGCCAUCAGCCUCGUCGAAGCGCGACGCGUAGAGUGGGGCCUGGGGCCGACGAGGCGCAUUCCAAUGACAUCACAUCGUAUCCUUGCAAGCAGCCAUGCAUAUACCAUGCAUCCAUGUAUGCUUCCAAGCAUCCAUGCAUGCUCACUCCCCCAUCGCCCCCUUUACAAACUCCACCACCGCAUCCCCCGUCUCCCGCUGCCGCUCCGCAUGCACCCAAUGUCCCGCGUCGAGCGUCUCCACCCGUAGGCGGGGCAAGUAUCGCCGGGCGUCCGGCAGACACUCGUCGAGCACAUAGUCGCUCCUGCUGCCGCGCAGGAA